AUGUCUGUCAGAGAUCAAGAGGUUGAGAUUACUCAACCACAACCCGUGGUGGAUGAGAAGUAUGCCGAUGCCAACGAGAAACCCCUCGGUUCUACCCCCGAUGGCGAGGAGCCGACCGACGACGAGUCCAAGGCUCUGCGUCACGUCGCCGAGAACCUGCCCAUCUCGGCCUGGCUGGUGGCCAUUGUCGAGUUGAGUGAACGCUUCACCUACUACGGAAUGUCUGGUAUGUUCCAGAACUACGUCAACCUUCCUCUCGACGGCAGUCAGGGUCGUGGUGCUCUGGGUAUGGGUCACCAGGGUGCUACUGGCUUGACCACUUUCUUCCAAUUCUGGUGUUAUGUUACUCCCAUUAUCGGUGCCAUCGUUGCCGAUCAGUACCUUGGCAAAUACAAGACUAUUGUUCUCUUCUGUAUCGUCUACCUGGUUGGAUUGCUUAUCCUGGUUUGCACGUCGAUUCCUACCGCCCUCGCCCAUGGUGCUGGUCUGGGAGGGUUCAUCGUUGCUAUCUUGAUUAUCGGUCUGGGAACUGGUGGUAUCAAGAGUAACGUUGCUCCUCUGAUUGCCGAUCAAUACAAGCGGAAGAAGAUGGCCAUGUCCACCACGAAGAAGGGUGAGCGGGUUAUCAUCGAUCCCGCCCUGACCAUCCAGCGUAUCUACAUGAUUUUCUACGGCUGUAUCAACCUCGGAUCGCUCUCGCUUCUGGCCACGCCCUACAUGGAGCGGGACAUCGGCUUCUGGUCCGGAUACCUGCUUUGUCUCUGCAUGUUCGCUGUCGGUACCACGGUGCUCAUUGUCGGCCGCAAGUACUACGUCGUCCGCCCGCCCCAGGGAUCCAUCAUCACCGACGCCUUCAAGGCGCUGUGGAUCAUGAUCGUCAACCGCAACAUGGACGCUCCCAAGCCCACCUGGCAGGCCGAGAACGGCAGCUCUCGUGCCGUGCCGUGGGACGACCAUUUCAUCGAUGAGCUCAAGCGUGCCCUGGUUGCCUGCCGUGUUUUCGCCUUCUACCCUGUCUACUGGGUCGUCUACGGCCAGUUCUCGAGUAACUUCGUCACCCAGGCCGGUCAGAUGAACGGUCACGGCAUCCCCAACGAUCUGAUGCAGAACUUUGAUCCCAUCUCGAUCAUCGUGUUUAUCCCUCUGCUCGAGACCUUCGUGUACCCCUUGCUGCGCCGCUUGCGUAUCCGCUUCCGCCCCAUCACCCGUAUCUCGCUGGGUUUCGUCGUCGCCUCUCUGGCCAUGAUGUACGCUGCCAUUGUCCAGCAUCUCAUCUACGUUGCCGGACCUUGUUACGGAUCGCCUGGCUGCGACCUUUCCAUCGUCGACGGCCAGACCCAGGGCAACGACGUCCACAUCGCCAUCCAGACCCCGGCCUACGUGUUCAUCGGUUUGUCCGAGAUUUUCGCCUCCGUGUCCGGUCUUGAGUACGCGUACACCAAGGCGCCUCCGUCGAUGAAGUCUUUCGUGCAGUCCAUGUACCUGCUCACCAACGCGUUCGGAUCCGCUAUCGCCGAGGCCCUGACGCCCGCUGCGUUCGACCCGGCCAUCAUGUGGAUGUUUGUCGGAUUGGCCUGCGCUUCGUUUAUCGCGGGUAUCGUCUUCUGGCUGGUGUUCCACCACCUCAACGCCCAGGAAGACGAGAUGAACGCCCUGGAUGCCGAUGACUCCGAGACUCCGGAGGACUGGCAUCACGAGAAGAAGCAGGACAACUAA